AUGGAAAUGCUUCCUUAUAGCAGACACCAACUCUUCUCACAUCUCUCCUCUGAUUUGAGGAAAAAUCACUUGAUGUGUAGUGCGUUGCUCAAUAUCUUUCCUCAAAAAAAGUCUCAACUUCUCUCCUUCUUCACAUCUAACAUUGUUGAGCUUAUGAUGGAAGAUGGAGAUUUGGAGCCUCUCUUCACAAGAAUCAUGAGCUUCUUCGACCAACAAGGUCUUGAGGCAUUUCUCACUGUGAUUGCUGGUUCUGCACAACUGGCUGCAGCUGGGAAUGGGAACGUGAAUGCAAUGCUUGCACUGAUCAAGUCAGCUGCUCAUAGACUGGUUUCCCUGGCGUCAAUCUUGAAAGGGAGCUUGCUGCUUCAGAACUUCAUCUCCAGCUUUCACCACAGUGUUGGAGACAUCGUUGUUGAGAUUCUUCAAGGUCGCUUCAUGGAGUUCUCUUCCAAAGCUCAUGCAAACUUCUUUGUACAAUCAUGCUUCAAAGUUGCAAGGUGGAGGAGCUGUCUUUUGAUUGCAUUAGAGUUGGAUGCUCAUUUCCAUAGCCUUGUCAAGCAUCCCUGUGGGAACUAUGUGCUGCAAGCAUUGAUCAGGAGGUACAAGAGCGAAAAAUGUCCCAUUCCCCUUCUUCUUCUCUCUCUGAUCACCAACUCCAGGCACACUCUCAGUCAAGACAAAUGGGGUAAGUCUGUGGUCUAUGUGUUUGAUGCAUGA